AUGAAACUGUUAUCCGAAGGACAAUUAAGACUCUGUGUUGUCCAGCCAGUGCGUCUUACAUCAGGGCUGCUCAUAUUUUUCAUCCUAAAGUCCAUCUCAUCUUUAAAACCUGCUCGACUUCCAGUUUACCAAAGGAAACCUUUUAUAGCUGCUUGGAAUGCUCCAACAGAUCUGUGUUUGAUAAAAUACAAUUUAACAAUGAAUCUGAAAAUCUUUCAGAUGAUUGGAAGCCCUCGGCUCAAAGAUGGGGAGCAAAAUGUUACUAUCUUUUAUGCCAACAAAUUGGGAUAUUACCCAUUGUAUACAUCAGAAGGGGUCCCCAUCAAUGGGGGGCUUCCCCAAAACACAAGCUUACAAGUACAUCUGGAAAAGGCUGCCCAAGAUAUUAGUUAUUACAUCCCUAGCAAAAAUUUCAGCGGACUUGCAGUUAUAGACUGGGAAUAUUGGCGCCCACAGUGGGCCCGGAACUGGGACACAAAGGAUAUCUACAGACAAAAGUCAAGAACACUCAUUUCUAAUAUGGAAAAGAACAUAUCAGCUGUGGAUGUUGAAUAUCUAGCCAGAGCAACUUUUGAGAAAAGUGCAAGAGCUUUCAUGGAGGAAACUAUCAAACUGGGAAUCAGGAGCCGACCCAAGGGCCUUUGGGGUUAUUAUUUAUAUCCUGAUUGCCACAAUUAUAAUUUUUAUCCUACAAACUAUACUGGGUCAUGCCCCAAAGAGGAAGUUCUGAGGAACGACGAACUCUCUUGGCUAUGGAACAGCAGUACUGCUCUGUAUCCUGCUGUUAGUAUCAGGAAAUCCUUUAAAGACAGCGAGCAUACUUUGCACUUCUCACAAUAUAGGGUGUAUGAAUCAUUGAGGAUUUCUACCAUGACAACACAUGAUUAUGCUCUGCCUGUAUUCAUCUACACACGGCUGGGCUACAGAGAGAAACCUUUACUCUUCCUUUCUAAGCAAGACCUAAUUAGUACCAUAGGAGAAAGUGCUGCAUUGGGAGCUGCAGGCAUUGUCAUUUGGGGAGACAUGAAUUUAACUUCAUCUGAGGAGAACUGUACAAAGGUGAACCACUUCGUGAAUUCUGAUUUUGGGAACUACAUAAUCAAUGUGAGCACAGCAGCUGAGGUGUGCAGCCAUCACCUUUGCAAGAAUAAUGGGAGGUGCAUACGGAAGACAUGGAAUGCACCUCAUUACCUCCAUUUGAACCCUGCAAGUUACCACAUAGAGGCCUCUGAGGAUGGAGAAUUCAUAGUGAAGGGCAAAGCAUCAGAGGAAGACCUGGCUGUGAUGGCAGAGAAUUUUCUAUGCCACUGUUACCAGGGAUAUGAAGGGGCUGAUUGUAGAGAAAUGAAAGAGGCUGAUAGCUGCUCCGGGGUUUCCCUUUUCUCUAGCUCAGUUAUUACACCGUGUCUGCUAGUUCUAGCAGGUUACCAAAGCGUUCAGUUGUGA